UCCUCUCAACUCCAACUCCGUUCCUCUCCUUGGCUUGUUGGUCUGAGAUCUGUGAUUGUUGCAUUUUGCUAUAGAAUACUCUUCUUGUGGAAAGAUUCUGACAAUAAAGAACGGUCCUUUCAACUCACGGCCUACAAGAUGGAUCACUCGAUGCACCAUAUGAACAUGGAUAUGGACCAUGGCCACGACCAUGGAGAUAUGGAUAUGGGGCAGUGUAGCAUGAAUAUGCUUUUCACCUGGUCUACGAAGAACCUCUGCAUUGUCUUCCCCCAAUGGCGUGUCACCGGCACCCUGUCCCUUCUCGCCUCGUUGCUGCUCAUCGUGCUCCUGACCGCCGGCUACGAGGGCGUCCGCCAGCUUACAAGGCGGUUCGAGGUGGCACAUGCGAAGCGAUUGAGCGCAUACACAACCCCCGCAGUCGGAGGCAGCGAAGUCCACGCCGAUUCUGCGCCGGCCAAUGACCCUCCAACCCAGACACUGCCUGUCCCGAUCGCCGGCUCACAGCUCGUUGUAGGUAGGGAUAGCAGAAAAUCCGUCGAGCAGAGAGGAAAGAUUACCAUGGCCGCGUUGUAUGCUGUGCAGGUGUUCUAUAGCUUUUUCAUUAUGUUGCUCUUCAUGACCUAUAAUGGUCUGGUCAUGCUGGCUGUCGCUGUCGGCGCCUUUGUAGGCUACCUGGCGUUUGGAGACGAUACUUCCGCUAGCAAGACGGUGGCGUGUCACUAGAUGGGCGCGCGGGCUGGGUCGGUUGGAAGCGGUCUCAAGUUUCUGAAGAAUAGGCGUCACUGGGCUGGAAGUUCAGACGCUGGUCGUUCAGGGUGUGGGCGUUGUCAUAAAUAUUGCCAAAGUCGUUCUCUUAGAACGCGAGGUGGGAAGAUCUGGAUCACGGGACCUCGAUGUCGCUAUCGUCGCCUCCGAAUCCGAAGCUGAACCCUCCACCUCCACUGGUCUCCUCGGGCCCGUCUUGAUCUGUUUUUCCAUGAACAAUUUCAUCCCACUUUCUCUUUUUGCCUUCCAUCUUCUUCCUCAGCUCCUCCUG